AUGACUUCCCUAGUAAAAAUGGAGCCUAUCAAUCAACCUCUUGAGCUCGUCAUAUUCAAACGCAUUUAUCUUAUACACAGUCAAACGCUCCGACAAAUCUUAUUCAAACGUGAUAACGAAUUUUACGAUUGGCUUGUUAGGAAUCAAACAAUGGUAUCGUAUGUAAGAGAGAAACUAGUCUUUUUAAAAACCAAGUGUGUCGAGCGUUUAUAUGCUAGUCCAUAUAUUACAAUGGUCGUUAACUGGACAGGUCGCUUUAGUUUCAUAUUUAAAAUCAAUGAUGUCGGCUCCAAAAUCAUCGGAAGAGUUUCUUGUACGAUAAAAUACAACAUUACUCCUGGAAUGAAGCGGGAAAACGGUAUCCUAAUACUCGGUGUGGUUUUUUUAGCAGGAGAUCUUCUGGUUAUGGAUGAUGAUUAG